ACCAUGUUAAUACUGUGUUUCUUAAUCUGGGUGGAAAAGCAGCCUCAACCCUCCAUUUAAAAUUCCUUUAGACUGUCAGGGCAGAGCAGGCUUGACAAGAAUACCUGUGCAAGCAUUCACAGUUUGGUUAGAUGCAUUAUAGAACUAAAACCUACCAGUAGGCCACGUUUAACAUGUGUUCUCCCUUGUUUUCGCGGAAUGCAACCGGUUUAAUUUCGGUUCCUUGUCUGUUAUUGGGUUUUUCCAGACAGCUUCCUCUUUCAUGUGCAUUCUUUCAAUCUCUCAGUUGCCAGAAUGUUGUUUCGAUGAAUGCAUGUUUCUUUGCAUUCAUCUCUUCCUUAUGUGCAAGUGGAACUUUGUUGCCACAUUUCUUUGCCUUUGGCUCAUGCUUACCCCCCGACUGCCCCGUCCCGCCUCGGCACUCUGCAAACCCUGUCCCCUUUCUCCGACCCUGGGGUCCUUCCCAAGUGCUUUGCAGUGGUUGCAAUUCUUCAUCAUCUGUUUUUCCAUCAGGCCAGUGUGGACGCGGAGAGUGUGGGCAACUGCCCCUUCUGUCAGAGACUCUUCAUGAUUCUUUGGUUGAAAGGGGUGAAAUUCACCAUCACCACUGUGGACAUGAAGAGGACACCUGAGGCGCUGAAGGCUCUGGCUCCAGGCUCUCAGCCUCCGUUCCUCAUCUGCAACGGCGAGGUCAAAACGGACAACAACAAGAUUGAGGAGUUCCUGGAGGAGACGUUGGCCCCACCAGAGUACCCAAAAUUGUGCUGUCGAUACAAGGAGUCCAACGGCGCUGGAGAGGACAUCUUCCUAAAAUUCUCAGCAUAUAUAAAGAAUCCCGAUCCUGGAAAAAAUGAUGCACUAGAGAAGAAAUUUCUUGCGACUCUGGUGAAGCUGAACAUGAACCUGGAGACGCCUCUUCCUCAUGAGUUGCAACAGAACCCCAAUGCCAACGAGUCGACCCGUCUCUAUCUGGAUGGCGACUCCCUCACCUUGGCGGACUGUAACCUGCUUCCCAAAAUCCACAUUGUGAAGGUGGUGUGUAAGAAGUACCGUGAUUUUGCCAUCCCAAAGGCGCUGAAAGGUCUGACGCGUUACCUGGAAAACGCCUACAAACAGGAUGUGUUUCGCUACACCUGCCCAAAUGACUCAGAGAUCCUCUUCGCCUACAAGUCUGUGGCCAAGUACCUGAACAAAUAGAUCGAGAGCUCUCUUAUGUAGCAUAAGAGAGAGAGCAAAGAGUUGAAUGAAAACCAACGACAGAGAAAAGGCGACAAAAAGCCUCAAACUGCACAUGAUUUAUGUGUUUUGUCGAAAUAAUGGAAAAGAUCAUUUGUUUUGCAUUGACAUGUUCAAUAAUAAGCUGCUGUUGUUACUCUAAAGUUGCUUUAAAUUUGUAUUUGUAGAUAUUGUCUGUUCUGUUGCAUGCUCUUGUACUGAUGUGGAUUUCUUCUUAAGCCCCUGUAGAGUGAGAAAGCACUGUAAAUUCCACCGAAUGUUUGUGUUAUGUCUAAUAGUGCAUGCAUCUAUUAUGUCUAAGAAUUUAUUCAAUGCCAAUUGCAUUAUGAUCAUAUACACUUUAUGUGAGAAAUAUCAAAUUUACGUAGCUUUUAAAUAUUCAUUACGUUUAAAUAAACUGAAUAAGCCAGAUACAGAGUUUAAAGUUUUUUAAACUGUCACCAUGAGAUGUGUGCGUUUCCAUUUUGUCAGUAAUUGAAAGAGAAUUAGAGUAUAUAUCAAAAACAAUGAUGCAAAUAAUGCUAGAAUAAUUGAGCACCGUCCGAUUGUAGGGUUCAGGUUUUUGCAUGGUGGAAUAAAAUAAAAAAGAAAGUAAGAACAUCUUAUUGUUGUUUUCAUAAUAUCUGAAACUUUCUGCUUGUUGCAAGAAAAGGAGCAACACUGUAUAUUUUAGUGAUUGCAAAUGUGUAUAUACUAUAUCUCUGCACCUGUAUGUAAACAUCUGUCAUUUUACCCACCUGUCUUGAUGUGUUUGUAAUGUUUCAAUCUCUGUCCCCAGAAACAGAAAUAAAAUGAUUUGGUGCAAAACAAA